CAAAUAAUGAGCAAUCGAUGAAAGAAUCAAAUGUGUCAUUUAGAUUAACUUUUUUCAAAUAAAAUUCCAUUUCAAAAAAUUAGAAAAACUUUUUUAUUUACCGAUUUCAAUCCGGGUCUGCAGUGUUCGGUCAAUAUAGUCGAAAUUGUUUUGGCGCUUUAAACCUUGGUUUUUGAGAAAGUUUUGGAAAUUGAAAAAACUGAUUAAAAUUUUGAUUACACCACCAUGACGACGCCGAAAAGUGCCUCAAUUGUUGCUCCCCAAGAGAAAGGAACCGAAGACAAAGUUGCUGAUGUGACAAUGGAUUCCAUCGAUAUUUCAAUUAAAAUCAAUCCUGAUGAUAGCAUUGUGGUAUCUAGCGCAAAUGAAUCAUUCGAAAAGCCAAUGGCUAAAAAACGGAUUAAACUUUCCAAAGAAGAUAGUGCUCGGAUCAAAGCUGAAAAGGAAAAAUUACGAGAAGAACGAAUACAAUUACAAAUCGAAAAAGAAAAAGCCAAAUUGGAAUUGGAAAAAGUUCGUAUAGAAAAGGAAAAAAUGAAAAUGGAACGAGAAAAACAAAUUCUUGAAGAACGAGAAAAGAAACAAAAUGAACUACAAAUGAAGAUGCAGAUGAAGGAAAAACUUAGAAAAGAAAGAGAAGAAGAAAAAGCUCGCAAACAAAAACAAUUGGAAGAAAAACAAGCCAUCAUUGAGGAAGAGAAUAAGAAAAAAGAAUUGGCAAAGUUGACCGAAAAUAAAAAACUGGAAAAAAGUCGAGCAUUUAUUAUGAAUUUUCUCAAAAAACCCAAUACAAGUUUCAGUGAAAAUAGUGAUCCAAAUACUGAUAUGAAUCGAACAUUGUCGACAACAGAUAAUGAAAUCGAUUGUGGUGAAGAAUAUUUAUUUGUUCCAGAAAAUCUAUUCAAUUCAUUUGAUCCUGAUCAAUUUGAUCGUUCAAUCAUUAAUCAGAAUGAAUCUAUCGAAAAUUUAUAUCUUGCUUGUUUAUUGUCCGGUAAAAAAGUUCCAUAUCAAUCAAUUCCAAACAUUCAAUCAUCAUCGAUUAAUGGCGAUGAUGAAUUGCCUGAACAAUAUCAUUUAAAUAAUUAUAUUUAUCUGAAAUUCUAUGAAAAUCUUAAACCACCAUAUUUUGGACCAAAACCAUUGACCACUGAAAUUGAUGGUCGACGACCAUUUAUCAAAUUAGAAUCAUUAGAUUAUGAAGUGGAUAGCGAUGAAGAAUGGGAUGAAGGUGGACCAGGUGAAAGCCUAAGUAACACUGAUUCUGAACCUGAAGAAAAAGAUGAUUAUGAAAUUGAUAAUGAAUUUUUUGUACCACAUGGUUAUCUAUCUGAUGAUGAAUUCAAUAUGAAUUCUGAUCUUGCCAUAAAUAAUGAUAAUAAUGAUAAAUCACAAAAAAAUACAGGUCCAUUAACUAAAGAACAAACAUUGCUCAAUGAACGAAAUCGUAUUGGUGAUAAAUUAGCACCACAAAUGAUUGGAUGUUUUUGGACAUCAACAUCAUCAUCGUUGGAACAUCAACUAUUCGGCCAAGAUAAAUUGAAAUUUUUGGAACAAUUUAAAAUUUGUCCAAUACCACUGCCACCGAUUGUUAGCAAACAAUAAUUUAAUGGUUGAUGUAAUUUCAAUUAAUUUUUCAA